AUGUACGGCAUGCUGUUGGAAAGUGUGCAGCACUUCGUGCAGGUAGAGUAUGGCGAAGACAUGUGGCGUCAGGUUUUGGAAAAGGCCGAUUGCAAGCACAUGGUUUUCAACACGCGACAAAUAUACCCUGACGAACUUAUGACCAAUUUGGCUGCUGCUUUGGCCACGCUCAGUGGAAACUCCGUGGACGAUGUGAUGCAAUUCUUUGGCAAAUGUUUCGUUAGAUUUUUCAGCAACUUAGGGUACGCCUGCACAGUGAAAGCUACCGGUCGUUACUUCUGCGACUUUUUGCAAAGUGUCGACAAUAUUCACAUGCAAAUGAGAUUCACGUAUCCAAAAAUGAAAAGCCCUUCCAUGUAUACUACCCACAUCGACGCGCAGGGUGUAGUGUUAGUGUAUCGAAGCACUAGGCAAGGUUUUACGCAUUAUCUUAUGGGUCAGUUAUUCCAUAUAGCUAAAGAGCUUUAUGAAACGGAUUUGAAUAUUAGCGUAUUAGAAUCUUCGACUAAUAUCCCAGGGACCAGGAGCGUGAUGGUUAAAUUUAGGAUCGAUUUUGACAAUCGUGAAUAUAUCGCGAAGAACAACAGAAUGAAAACUCCGCUGGGUCGAGAAUUAGCACCAGUGUCCUGCACGUUUCUCUUACGGCUAUUUCCAUUUGGGGUCGUGAUAAAUAAAGAUAUGCGCUUACUGGGAGUUGGUGAUAAACUAUUGCAAGCGUGGGGUGGCAGCUCGUCCAUCCUGAACAAACACGUCACGGAAGUCUUUAAACUACGUAGGCCUAAAGGGAUUUCCUUCAGCUGGGGAAACGUGAUGUAUUUGCAUUCGGUGAUGUUUGAGCUGGAACUAAUCAGGGUAAACGAUAACAAUACAACGUCGAAUUCGGAUAAUAGCGCUGGUACAAGCACAGGAUUAGAUAGACGAGGAAGCCAAGGAGCCAGAUGUAUCUUGUUAAAAGGUCAAAUGAGGUACAUCGACGACAUCAAAGCAAUAAUAUUCCUAUGUAGUCCCUUAAUCAACAGUUUAGACGAACUUCUUAACAUGGGCCUGUAUCUGAACGAUCUAAAUCCUCACGGUUUGAGUCGAGAGUUGGUCCUCGCGGGAUGGCAGCAUUGCGGAAGAUUGGAGAUGAUGUUCGAGAGGGCGGAGCAGAGAUCGACCGAACUGGAAAAUAGCUACGCGCUUUUGGACCGUUGGAAAAAUAAGAGCGACGAACUUCUGUAUUCUAUGAUUCCCCAGACAGUUGCUGAUCGAUUACGAGCCGGUGCGAGCCCUUUGAGUACUUGCGAGUCGUUCGAGUCCAUCACCGUCUUGUUCUGCGAGCUUUGCGACUUCGAUUACUCGACUAUCGAGGGAGCAAUGGACAUCGUCUCGUCGAUGAACGCCGUUUUCUCGUGUUUCGAUUCCCUGAUGGACGAGUUCAACGUGUACAAAGUAGAAACAGUUGGUCGAGUUUAUAUGGCAGCCAGCGGAGCACCCGAUAGGACUGAAAAUCAUGCGCAAAACGUCGCAGACGUUUCUUUGCAGCUAAUAAAGCACGUUCAAUCUCUCAAAUUGCCGUCUGGUCUUGAUAUACAGAUUCGUAUAGGAAUUCAUUCUGGACCAGCUGUGGCAGGUGUUGUUGGCAUCAAAGUACCUAGAUAUUGCUUCUUCGGCGACACGGUGAAUACUGCUUCCAGAAUGCAGACGACCAGUCUGCCAGGAAAGGUACACAUCUCGUCUGACACUAAAGCACUGUUGGUCGAAGACCACUGUCGCAUUGAGUCACGCGGACUAGUUUGGGUCAAGAUAACACGAAACGACCUAAAGUAUCUGCCUACGUCAAACGCUCAGGUGCACUACAACAUUACAAAUGGCGAGACCGACGACCUGAGGCCGAUAGAAGAAAUGUCUUAUAUUGAUUUCAAUUCAGCUACUUCGAUUCCCUCAAAGAGGCCGAACGUCUGCGACGACUGUGUUUGCGGGGUGGGCAGGAAAAUAAGAAUCGUUGGUGGGAACGUGACCAGCGUUUAUGAAUACCCCUGGAUGGUUAGCAUGAGUAAACAAGGUAGAUUUUAUUGUGCCGGAAGCUUAAUCACACGGAGGCACGUACUCACGGCGGCUCACUGCGUGGAAAAGUUUGACAAGAGAAACAUCAAGCUUGUCUUGGCCGAUAACAACCGUCCGAAACUGGGCAAGCAAGCUAUAGUUCGUCGUAUUAAAUCAGUCAUUAUUCACGAGAACUUUCACUCGUACACCUACAACAAUGACAUCGCUAUCAUCGAAAUGGAUCGACCCGUGGAUGUGAACGGUAUCGUGAGAACCGCGUGUUUGCCAGAAGACAAAGCUAUCGACUAUACGGGAGCUACGGCCACGGUGGUUGGUUGGGGUCAAACUGGCGAGACGGAGCCAGUAAGCAACGAAUUACGAAAAGUCAACCUUCCAAUUUUGUCCCAGGAGGAGUGUGACGAAGCAGGAUAUCAUAAGAACCGUAUCACAGAGAACAUGUUCUGCGCUGGUUUUCUGGACGGCAAACUCGACGCUUGUUUCGGAGACAGCGGCGGGCCUCUUCAUGUGAAAGGAACGUUUGGCCACCUCGAGGUAGUAGGGAUCAUUUCGUGGGGACGUGGUUGCGCUGAACCCAACUAUCCAGGAAUUUAUACAAAACUGACUAAUUAUCUAGGAUGGCUAAAAGAUCAUCUCGAUGACGAAUGCGUGUUUAAGAGAACGAAUUCGACACAGAAUCGAAGAGGGAAGUUUUUAUUCGACGAAUUGUUCGGUCUUGACAUAACUGUCAGCGGAGACGACGAUGAAGCGUUGCGGAAUUGCACGUGCGAGUGCGGCGUGUCCAAUCAAGAGGAUCGAAUCGUCGGUGGAAGACCCACAACCCCCUACAAAUAUCCCUGGGUAGCGCGACUCGUGUACGAUGGCCGCUUUCAUUGCGGAGCCAGUCUUGUUAACAAUGAUUACGUUCUUACUGCGGCUCACUGUGUACGUAGAUUGAAACGUUCGAAGAUCCGCGUAGUACUCGGAGACUACGAUCAGCAAGUAACUACCGACGGACAAGCAAUAAUGAGAGCAGUUAGUGCAAUAAUUCGUCACAGGAACUUCGACAUGAACUCCUACAAUCACGACGUCGCUCUGCUGAAGCUCCGGAAGUCGGUGAAAUUUUCUAAAAAUGUUAGACCUGUGUGUUUGCCACGAACAGGCACGGAUCCAGCUGGGAAAGAAGGAACCGUGGUAGGUUGGGGUCGGACGACAGAGGGAGGAAUGCUAGCGGGGAUAGUUCAUGAAGUACAAGUACCGAUAUUAAGUUUAAUGCAAUGUCGUAAGAUGAAAUAUCGGGCCAAUCGAAUUACGGAUAACAUGCUUUGCGCUGGUCGCGGUAACGAAGAUUCUUGUCAAGGCGACAGCGGUGGUCCGUUGCUCGUACACGAAGGCGACAGACUAGAAAUCGUUGGAAUUGUUUCCUGGGGCGUUGGAUGCGGGAGACCAGGAUAUCCUGGAGUGUAUACCAGGGUAACGAAGUAUCUGAAAUGGAUCAAUACAAAUAUGAAGGAUGGAUGCUUAUGUGGAAACUAA